AUACACUAGUCAAGUGCGGUCACUCUGCGAAAUUGCAAAGUAAUUUUAUACAAUAAAAGGCAAGAAAACUGAGGAAAAUUAAAUUUAAAGAAAAAUUAAUGGCACACAAGCGCCUCUUCGUCUACGCUGUGCUACUGGCGAUAUGUUAUUUGGUUGGCGUGACAUGGGCUGAGACUGCGGCGCAGACACUGCCAGUGAUCGGCACAAACAGCAAUAGUAAUGUCAGCCAGAUAGGCGCUUCACCUGUUCCAGUGGCUGCAACUGCAGCUCCAGCGGUCGCAGUAACACCAGCCCAGCAAGAUCCAGCACCCACUGCGGGCUCUCCGCCUAAAAUCAUCGGCCAGCCUGAGCGCACUGCUCUUGGCCAGAGUUCUUCCAAUUCAAGCAGCACAACCGAUUGCGUCUGUGCCGGUGCCCUGUUGCCACGCUUGGAUGCCAAUGGCAAGGAACUACCCAUCUGUGCCGAGUGCAAGUGCUCCCAUGUGGCGAGAAAUACAACGCUGAUAAAGGUCGUGGUCAUUAUUGUGAUUUGGAUCAUCUCCCUUUUAGUGAUAUACAUGCUCUUCCUGAUGUGCCUGGACCCGUUGCUGAACAAGCGAGUGAAGGCAAACUACCAGGAGCACACCAACGAAGAUGACGAACCAGCCCCGCCUUUGCCCUCCGUUAACAACCAGGAGCUCAGUGCCAGAGCCAAUGUCCUUAAUCGUGUGGGCCAUCAGCAGGACAAGUGGAAACGGCAGGUGCGCGAGCAGAGACGCCACAUCUACGACAGGCACACUAUGCUUAAUUAACAAGGGGGUCAGUUUGCAGCUGGAAGAGAUUGGAAGGAGCAUGGGCGACUUAAGACACGUAUUCCAAGCAGUUAUCCUUAGCAAAAUUCGCCUUUGUAUCAAAUUGAUUAUCUGUAUAUUUAGCCAGAUUUUAUGUUAAUUAAAUUAUGUAACCAGAA